UGUGCAUGACGUCAUGACCAGCACGUAACGGUUUAGGUUAUUUCUAGCAGUGAUUCUGCAGAAUGACUGUUUUGAUGUAGCCAGCUGACCAGAAUGGACAUAACGCCUCGUCGCGUCGCCCAGAAAGGCCUGUAAAGAUCUGUGAAUGAAGUCUGAAAUCUAAAAAACAGAAGGUCUGCUAUCCAACAUGUCCCAGCGUGUCGAUGAUGUGAUGAAGCUGUGCUGCGAAUUGUCUGCAAAUCAACAAGUAAAAACCGCAGUGAAGCAUUCCGGGAAAGGGGCAUUGACUGCUGGGGGCCUUGCUUUUGCUGGUGGUUUGGUUGGGGGUCCGCUUGGCAUUGCAGUAGGUGGGGCUGUUGGAGGACUUUUGGGAUGCUGGAUGACAAGUGGUCAGUUUAAACCACUACCUCAAGUCAUCAUGGAAAUGACAACUGAGCAGCAGCAGAAACUCUAUGAGGACAUCAUGGCCAUUGUGGGGUCAAUAGACUGGACUGAUGUAGCACAGUUAACUACCAUAGUACUGGGAAGUGCAUCACUUCAACAGCAAGUGACUGCUGCUUUACUGAACUACAUUCACAAGGAGCUUCAAGCAGAGGUUCAUUAUAUAGACUGAAACCAAAGCAUAAAAACUAGAUUAAGAAGGGUAUUCAACUUUACUGCUGCACAUACAUUAUGUAUUGCCAGUCUCUGAGCAUUAAGAGUAUUUGUGGUAAAAAAAAAAAAAACAAACAAAAAAUAAUAAUAAAAGAAGUGUUGAACUUUUAAAA